CGUUCUACGAAAGUUAUUCUCAGUGCAGUGUUGGUUCUGGCGAGUUGGAUGUACGCCACGGAAGCAGCCAUUGCGGGCAAUGGCGGUGGGUCUGUGUUUUCCUCGUCCAAGAAAAUGUGUGAUCAGCGGUACAGCGUGAACUGUUUGAAGCUGGAGCUAGUGUCCUUCCUGGAGCGUGUCACCAACCAGAAAGAGUACAACCUGAUGGCAGGCAUUAGUGUGGUGCGCGAUCCGGGUGCAAAUAUUACCCGUACUGCGGACCUAAUUGCUGAGGUGACGCGCAUCUUCCCGACGAAUCCGGAGCGACGGUUGGACGAGUUUUUGCUGACCAAGCUGAACGACUAUCUGCAGUCGCACUCGUUGCGGCUGAAGUUUGUCGACGGGGAUGCGUUCCAGAAGGCACGAGAAGUGUUCGCCGGACGCAAGGGCAAGCUGGGCAAGAAAGGUGGACUGGAAACUCUCAUCGCCGGUGCCAUGAUGAUGAAAGGAACACUGGCGGCGAUCGGACUGGGAGCAUUGGCACUGAUCGCUGGCAAAGCGCUCAUGACGGGACUGUUGGCGUUGAUGCUGGCGGCCAUUGUUGGACUGAAGUCAUUGGCUAGUGGAGGCGGCGGUGGUCAUAAGUCAACGACGUACGAGAUUGUCGCCAAACCGAUGUAUUCUCACUCGCACUCGGAACACGAUGAGGUGGGACACGGUCACACGGGAUACGGCGGAUAUGGCCGAUCGUACGAUCUUCCCUACUCGGGACAAAAGCCCAACUGAGCUUUGAUUGGAGAAUAGAGUUAAUUAAGAACAUUAGUAAGGGUAUGCAAUUUCCGACAAAAACUGUGCCUAUGCAAACUUGCCCUCUCGAAGGUAUA